CAUCGCUGUUCUCACUGCAGAUGCCUGGAAUACUCCACAGAUCUCGUUCACUCGGACUCACGUCGCACCGCAUUGCAUUACCGCGACGCGCACUAUGAAACAAGCGCCUGUGUUUAAGGGACCAGUGAAUGAACUCACUUUAACUGGAUUAAAAAUGUCCAGAGCAGAAAAAUGCCCAUUCCCGCGAUGACUUGGAAAUAGGGUUCUCCACUUUCCUCCUACCACCCAAAAAAUGCCAUAAGGCAAAGGUUUAAUUUCAAGAAUGGCAGUAAACUGACUGAGUGGCAGCAUGGACCUUUGGAUAUUUCCAUCCUUACUCCCAAACUUGUCAGAGCCUCUCAUGUAUGAGAGCUUCAUGCUGGGCAAUGAUUCAGAUGAGAGCUUAAGGAAUGCCACUGACCACAGCUUCACCAAGACUGGCACAGUGGUCAUCACUUUUAUUUACUUUGUAGUUUGUGCUGUAGGGCUUAGUGGCAAUGCUCUGGUAAUUUAUGUCAUUUUGCGUUAUGCCAAAAUGAAGACUGUAACCAACAUUUACAUCCUUAAUUUGGCUGUGGCUGAUGUACUUUUCAUGAUGAGCCUGCCCUUCAUUGCAAUCCAGUUAGCCCUGGUUCACUGGCCCUUUGGAGCAGUGUUGUGCCGUGUGGUCAUGACUGUGGACUCUCUCAAUCAGUUCACCAGCAUCUUCUGUUUGAUGGUCAUGAGCAUUGAUAGAUACUUGGCAGUGGUGCAUCCUAUCAAGUCAACCAAGUGGAGGAAGCCUCGACUGGCCAAGACCAUUAACCUGGCAGUGUGGGGAGUCUCCUUGCUGGUCAACUUGCCCAUCAUCAUCUACAGCAGCUUGAUUACUAAGCCAGGUGGUUGUUUCUGCACCAUUGUGUGGCCUGAGCCACAGGAGGCCUAUUACACAGCCUUCAUGUUCUACACUUUCUUUCUGGGCUUCUUUCUGCCUUUAAUGGUUAUUUGCCUGUGCUACCUGCUCAUCAUAAUCAAAGUAAAAUCAUCUGGGAUACGAGUAAGCUCCUCAAAGCGGAAGCGCUCAGAAAGGAAGGUGACACGCAUGGUGUCCAUUGUGGUUGCUGUGUUUGUGUUUUGCUGGCUUCCAUUUUAUGUUUUUAAUGUGACAUCUGUAACUGGCACCAUUAGCACCACACCCAUAUUGAGGAGCACCUUUGCAUUUGUGGUGGUUCUGGGAUAUGCUAACAGCUGUGCCAAUCCCAUUCUCUAUGCCUUCUUGUCAGAGAAUUUCAAGAAAAGCUUCCAGAAUGUUCUGUGCCUGAAAAAAGUAGGUGGCCUGGAUGAGAUUGACCAUAGUGACAGUAGGCAAGAUAAGACAAGGAUGAACCCUAGCGAAACUCAAAGCACACUACUGAAUGGAGACCUGCAGACCAGCAUUUAAGAGAAAGGAACAAAACACAUGCAUAAGGUUAUGGACAACAGAUUGGUGAAAAAAAUAUAUUGAGGAAGAAGACUGCUAAAUAGGCAUCAACCACUUUCAUGGACUGACAGAAGAAAAAGUAUGGUGUUUUUUUCCAGUUAUAGAUAAAGGUGAUAUGUCCUUGUAACUCUUGUCUUACUCUUCAUUUGUAAUAUACUGAACAUAUCAGAGUAUUGUUUUAUGAAUAUCCCAGGACUAUUAAAUUGUUUUCCUGAAGUCACUGCAAAAUUCGAGCAAGAUGACCAUAAAGUUCUUCAGACUGUAGAGGGUCAUCAGACACCAGAGGUGACAGCAGACACUUAAUUAACUGUAUCAUAUAAGGAGUCAAGGGUUGCUUGCUGUUGACAAGUUUACCUGAAGAUAGCAGUUUACCCCAUGACGCAAAGUUAUAAAUGCAACACUCAUCUAUCUGUUUCAACAGAAUGAUCUCUUAUUCUUUUGUGUGUGAAAUGUUGAAAGAAGUACCAUUCCUAAUGAAAACCUUUAUUAUUAUUAUUAUUAUUAUUAUUAUUAUUGGCUUUUGAGCUAUUGAAAAUUAAAGGUGCCUCCACAGAAGGUACCUGAGCAUCUAUAAUUAUGUAAUCCUUCCUUUCUGACAGGACAAUGUUUUGUAUUUUUCAUUUUUUUCCCCUGUAAAUAGUAUUAUUAUAUUUGCUGAGACCUCUGUAAGGUACAUCAUUCAUGUGAUCCAUCCCUCUCUUAUCCAAAUGUAGCUUGCCUGUCAUAUUUAAUGGAACAGCUACUGGCUGAACACUAACCAAAUUGCUGCUAGAGUGUAUAGAUUUCUGUUUAAUUCUGGAGAUUAUUGUCUUGUUCUUGCCAUAACCUUUAUUUAAAAUGUACAACCUUCUCCAACUGGGCACAUAUAUGUUACGUAGAAUAAAUUCCAAUCUGUGUUUCUUAUACUGUAUAAUCACAAUUAGUAAAUAUCUUGUGCCAUUUAUUAGUUUGUGUCAAAACAGCUGGACUGAUAUUUACGUUCCCUAAAAGUUCUUCCUUUAUAUUUCUUGUAUACGUUGGAACAAAAUCCAGAUAAUACAACAGAACAAUACAUAGGAAGCACAAAUACACAAUUGUGAGAUGUUUGUUUAUGUAGGUCUGUUUACUCCAGUCUAUAUAGAAAUAUCGAAUUGUGAAGGGCUAGAACAUGUGCUUACUUGGGCACUCAUGUUCCUUUAAAUUCCUUGCAGUUUCUUUCACUCACACUAUCCUGAGUAUCCAUUGCAUGCUAUGGUUCCUUGCAAAUAUGAGUACACGGAUAUUGGUGUGAUCACCUAUCUGCUUGAAAAGAUUGCUUGGUGUGCGUUUCCCCAUGUUUGAACAUGUCAGUGUGUGAAGGUCCUCUGUUUGAAUAGAGUCUAUUUCUAGUGUUCACUCUAGUUCUUGCCCAAAUGUCACUUUACUGCAAGAACAUCUGUGUUUAAAUCAGCUUGUAGAUAUUUAGAAUCCACAUCAUUUAGAUAAAUGAAAGAAUCUGAUCAUAGAUAUUGAUACAGAGCUCAAACCCUUGCAGGCUCACCAUGCAAUCUGAAAGCUUGAACGUCAGUGCUAAAGGAUAGUACAAAGAGCAGAACAGGCUAUGUGAUACUGCAUCGAUACACAGAUCUUUUGCAUUGUAAUUAUAGGUACAUUAAUCUUAUGGAUGAACAGAAGGAAUAGUGGCAAAUUCCUAUGCAUUUGUUACUGCGUGUUCUUGUCUUGGUAAAAGCUUUCCUCAUCAGAGUGAAUGUGGGGUUAGUGCGUGUUGCAUUGCAUUAUUGGGAAACAUCGCCAUCUGGUGUGGGAAACAAUGUUUUUUGACCCACUGAUAAAAAUCACGUUAUUAACAAUGUAGAUUAGUAUGAUGUGGCAAACAUUAUGUCUUCUUUCUUUCUCAUACGACCAAAAUUUUUGAAAGUGUUCAAUGCCAGUCCAUGACUUUGCGUCUGAAUACUUGCAAAUGUUUUGUUUUAGAUACCACUAACCAAAUAAAGUACUUGUAUGAUACUAUAAACUGAAAUAUGUUUCAAUGUUAUGUUAAUGUUUGUGUCAGUUCAGUGUUUUUACUUGGAAGCAAAACAUUUUCUCAUUAAAUAUCCUUGCAAUCUUACCUCGCUUUUUUGCAUGUCGU